UCCUGACUUCCUCAACGUCUCUCCAGAAGAUGGAGGGCAUUACACCCGGCAGAAGGAUCCCACUGGUGGACCUGGGCCAACUAGGUCUGAUGCAUGACGAGGAGCCCAGUCAGGAGGAGUGGCAGCGGGUGGCACGACAGCUGCACGACGCCUUCACUGACAUUGGCUUCGUGUACCUCACCAACCACGGCGUGUCUGAUGACCAGAUGGACCACCUCUUCAAGUCAAGUGCCACCUUUUUCAACCUGGACGAGGAGACGAAGAUACGCUACCAGAGAGACCCAGAGAAACAGCAGGGAUACGUGGCAGUAGACAGAGAAACACUGGAUAAAAGUAAAAAUUCUCAUGAGCUACGCGAGGCUUACGACUUGAAGAGUAUUGAUGGACUUUUCCCUGAUGCAGAGGUUCCGUCUCUCAGACCAGCCGUGACAUCCUUCCUCAAGUCCUGCACAACCCUCAACAACAGGCUCCUUAUUGCCCUGGCUCACAGCCUCGGAUUAGAAAGGAACUUCUUCAUCUCGACUCACAAAGACAUAUGCAGUGACAACAAUAUGUCGUGUCUGCGUCUGCUGCACUACCCGCGUGUCCCCGACACCGUCCCGGAGGGUGCCAUCCGCUGUGGAGCCCACACUGACUACGGCACUAUCACGCUACUCUUCCAGGACAACAUGGGUGGCCUCCAGGUACGUGAACGCGGAGGGUCAUGGGUGGAGGCAGUCCCUGUGCCCGGCACCAUCCUGGUAAACGUGGGCGACCUCCUACAGUUCUGGACAGCCGACAAGUUCCUUGCCACGGAGCACCGGGUGUUGAUCCCCACAGAGGAGGUGCGACUGAAGGCGUCUCGUCACUCCAUCGUCUUCUUCAUUCAUCCUGACGACCCGGUUCUUAUUAAGCCCCUUGACAACUCCAGCAGCUAUCAACCAAUCACGGCCAGAGAUCACGUGCUUAAGAAGUUUAGGCACACCUACAACUACUGAUGACAUGUUUAGACCAACUAGCUUCUACAUUUAGCCUGUUAGUCCAGAGGAAAAGAUAAAGAAGCCAUGAAUAUGUACAAUACGUAGAUGAAAAAUUUGACUCCAGAACGUCAACAUUAAAGAUCAAUUUACAGUAUACUGAAGAUCUCAUGAAGAAUCAGUAUGUAGAAAAAAACCUUCAUAGCCAGGAAAAUAGACAGAGACAACACUUGCAAGUACAGCAUACCAAUAGUACUCCAAUAGGCAGUAGAAACAAAUUAUAAACCUGAAGACUUUAGCCAAGUAGUGCAGUGCAUACCCAGACAAUGAGAGAAGGCACCCUGACAUUUCACCACACAUGAGAAUUGCUGAACCUUACUACACCAAGACAUCGUAUAUACGAGUACAGUACUUAAGUGUGUAACAAUAUACAGUACAAACUCCAAGUACUGGACUACAGUAAUUAAGCCACAGCGACGCCGUUACUCAUACAGAAUCCAAUAUUCGGAUGUCCAAAUCAGCAAGGAGUAACUGUUCAAAACAGCCAGUAUAUUACACUAACACAAAUUGGCUUAUUUAAGUUCAUAAUCAGUUAGUUUAUGUAAAAUAAUCAUACUGUACUUAUAAUUUCAAUAAAUUACAAUAUUUUUUAUUUAAAGUCAGUAAAUGUAGGUAAGGUUGUAAAUUCUACAAACUCUCAGAGCUGCAAAGAUUUUUUAAGAUUCCCGAGUCCCAACGUAUUUGUGUGUGUGGUGUGACAUGGGUCACCUACUGUAGUGCGAAAUAAAUGGAGGAUGUGGACGUGUACAACAUAACCUCUGGCAAUAAAGUGGAUAUGUUCACAAAAUCCAUUUCGUUUUUAUAGGUAGAUUUAACAAUGAGUAAAAGGGAAUAGGUUCCAAUCCUUCAUUAUUCUAUAUUUUACAUAAAUGCUCAAAAUGAAAAAAAAUUGCUAUAAUAAAUAAUGAAAAUACAUAGCACAUCAUAUACAGUACAAUAGCACAUACUUUACAUACUGUAAAAAAAAAUAGCUUCUGCCCGUGAAUCAUCCUAUGGGUGAAACCGAGUGCAAGAGGUCAGCCAGCCAGCUGACUUGAUAGAUGUGUGGCUGAUAUGCUGUGUAUGCAGUGACAUCACAUAGGCAAAGUGAUGCAUCCAAACAUACAUAUAUUCACCUCCCAGAAUAGUGUUCACAUUCAUGCUCUUUGUAUCUUUUUUAUUAUACUGUAGUUCUAUUUGUCAUAUUAAGAGUACUGUUCUGUACUAAAAUGAUUUUUCCACAACUUUUUACUGUUUCAUUACACAAAUCAGUGGCAACAUGCAUAGCCACCUGAAGGCACAACUGCCUGUUGACACCUGUAGGUAAGAUUAUGCAGGUGUGUUCUUUGGAGCCACUUUUACUUUAAGUGGAGAUGGAAGUGAUUCACACUUGUAUAUCUUUGCAAUACUGUGUACUGUAUUCAGAGUUCCAAAUUUCUGCAUUACAUCAGGAAAGCGUGUUUUUGUCGAUCAUUCCUAGCACUUCCAUGUUUAUCUUUCAUGUGAAGGCGCUUUCUGUUCUCUGGGGUUUUACCCGAAUGUACUUGCUUGGGCAUUGUUCUCUAAAACUGUUUCAAACAAUGUAAGCUUAUGUAAAGGCAAGGUCCACAUUCUUAAGCUGUACAGUAACACUUACAACUACUGUACUAACAACAUUCAAAGGCCUAAGAACUUGUCUAUCGGCCUCCACCUGAAGAAGUUCAGUACUGUAAGUCUACCUGUUUAUCUUGAGCAAGAGGCCUGCACCCCAGGAAGGUUCAACACAACUGCUGAUACACUGCUGUCAACUCUAUUUUGAGGACUUAAUUCAGGAAAUACUGCAGUCAGAUGUCUUAUACAGUAUCUACUGAUGCAGGGGAUCAUGUUUUGGUUGCAGCUUUACCUUGGAAGUUUUUCUAGUUUGUCGGACCUUCUUGGAGGACAGCACAGUUGGCUGUACAAGUGCACUAGCAGGGAAGCUCCACUUGUCUCUGAAUACUGUACCAGGUAAAUAUAAGAGAUCGGGUAAUACUACAACUGUUUGGUACCCACUGUAUAUUUGUAAAAGGUAGUUGUGAAUACUCAGUAACUACAUACUUACAAUUUCAAUAACAAACAAAGGUAAACUUAAUCCCCUGUACACUUCCUGUUAUAUACAAUAUUUCUGACAUAAAAUUGAAAAAAACACACAAAAUAUUUCCAAAAGCUAAAAUACACCAAACUUUUCUUAACUUACAAAAAAAUAUGAUGAAUGCAAGUACUGAAAUGUAACAAAAAUGAAUACCACCAUUUUCCUUAUGCUGACAGCUACCCUAAUCAGACUGAAGGUAUGUUUAUGGUAGACUUAAAAAAAUUUAAUGAGAAUUUGAUAAGUCAAUUUGGGUCAUUAAUUUAAGCCUACAAGUUAUCACUAAUGGAGUCUCAAUAUCUUUGUUAUAUUCCAACUUCUUUAACAAGUAUUGUAUGGUGCAACCAAGUAAAAGAUUAAGUUAU